GAAGCUUGGGUCAGAAAGGCCAGUGAAGAGCGAAAUCUCCGGACCCACAGUUAGGUAGUUUACAGCGAAGGGCAGGUAUGCACCUGCUCUCCCGCAGCCGGGCUCUGAGCACCUCACGUCAGUCCUCUCCGACUGCCCUUGUCAAACGCCUGACUCGAUGCUGACGAUCGCCCCCUGCCAAAACCUAUGCUUCCUCGUCCCCAACCUGCGGCAGCGCCUCUGACUACACUUAGCCUUCUCGCCCGGGCCUCUUCUCCCGUUGCCCUCCUCCUCUCUCGCCACCACCGCCAGCAGGGCGCGCGUGGGGACAGCCCUGGUCGGCAGGAGGGGGCGGGUCCUGCGACCGGAAGCCGGAAGCCGCAAGCCGGAAGCGGGGCUGGGAGGACGUGUUCCGAGGAAGCCAGGGCCGGACCGGCGGGGCCGGCGACAUGGAGCCGCUUUACCAGCAAACGCACAAGCAGGUCCACGAGAUCCAGUCUCACAUGGGACGCCUGGAGACGGCAGACAAGCAGUCUCUGCACUCAAUUAUUCUUUUUUCUCUUUUGUGCAGUAGUAGAAAACGAAAUCCAAGCAAGCAUAGACCAGAUAUUCAGCCAUCUAGAACGUCUGGAGAUUUUGUCCAGCAAGGAGCCCCCUAACAAAAGACAGAAUGCCAAACUGCGUGUUGACCAGUUGAAGUAUGACGUCCAGCACCUGCAGACCGCUCUCCGAAACUUCCAGCAUCGGCGGUACACAAGGGAACAGCAGGAGAGACAGCGAGAGGAGCUUCUGUCUCGCACGUUCACCACUAACGACUCUGAUACCACCAUCCCAAUGGAUGACUCGCUGCAGUUCAACUCCUCCCUCCAGAAAAUUCACCACAACAUGGAUGACCUCAUUGGAGGAGGGCACAGUAUUCUGGAGGGACUGAGGGCCCAGAGACUGACCUUGAAGGGGACUCAGAAGAAGAUCCUCGACAUUGCCAACAUGCUGGGCUUGUCCAACACCGUGAUGCGGCUCGUUGAGAAGCGGGCUUUCCAGGACAAGUACUUUAUGAUCGGUGGGAUGCUGCUUACCUGUGUGGUCAUGUUCCUCGUGGUGCAGUACCUGACGUGAGCCAGCCACGGCCCAAGGCUACCAUCGUUCCCGCCGAGUGAGCGUCUGCGUGAGAGUGUGUGCGUGAGCGCGAGAGGGGGGCCCAGAGGCUGCCUUCUGAAAUGUAUGCCCUUCUUAACUGUGAAGACCACUCGGAAGUAAUUGUGAUCUGUAACCUAGUGGGAGUUUCAAACCUGCUCUGUGUUCUGUGGUACCUUGGAGGGGGGAGUUAGUGCCCCCACGAUGCACGGCGCUUAGGAAAUGAAAGAAGUACCUGUUCUCUCUCUCUCUUUCUUGCCCUCACUGGGGGAGGAAGUGACGGUAAGGGUAAGGGAGGAAGCAGGAAGGAGAAGAUGGCUUUGCCGGUUUUGUCCACGUAGCUGCUGCGCACCCUGGGAAGGCUUUCAUAGUGAGCCUUGCAGAUAGGACUGUCCACUUUGUCAUCGUCUGGCCUCCUGGCUCCUAAUGGGUAGGUCAGAGCAGAAGCAAAACGAAGGAGGGGAAAGAGGCCUUCUUUCCCUACAUCGUUGUAACAGAUGGAUUUCCAUGCUCUUUUUUUUUUAAAGAUUUUAUUUAUUUAUUUGAGAGCAAGAGAAUGAGAGGGAGGAGGGUCAGAGGGAGAAGCAGACUUCCCGCCGAGCAGGGAGCCCGAUGCAGGACUCGAUCCCAGGACUCUAGGAUCAUGACCUGAGCCGAAGGCAGUCACUUAACCAACUGAGCCACCCAGGUGCCCGAUUUCCAUGCUCUUGUUACUAGCUUCCCCCAUCCGCCAGGGACAUGCAGGUGAUUAACUGCCGGUACUUGUCACCCUUCCCUGGAAGCAGCUACCUAGAGGAGACAGAGGCACUGAUGCUAUUGCAGAAGCUCGUAAGAUUUUCCCCAUGAGGGUGUUGGGUGUUGCUCCUUUCUAAAGUGAGGCCAGUAUUAUUCCCUGAGAAUGUUCGGUCUUGAGACUGAAGACCCUGAUCGCUGAUUUUUUUUUUCCCAGUGGUUAAUAGAAUGGGUGGUUUCUGCGGUUCCAGGACUGCAGCCUGGGGUCACGGCCAGGCCCUGGUGGGCCUUUGCCCCUGAGAAAGUCGCCGUAUGCGGAGGUUAGUGUUGUGUCCAUUACGGCGUCUUCUCUCGUUUUAGCGUCUCUGAUUCUCUGGCUGUCUUCCCUUCCCUGAAAUCUAGCAGCUGCCAGCCAGGCCCCCAUUCUGCCCAGCCAGUGUGGGCAGGCACCACCCUGGAGACAUCCCUGGUGUCCUGUGGGUCUCUGUUGUCAGGGACCAGGACAUUUUUCCCUCUCUGACCAACCCUGGAUCAAGGCUGCACCAGGACCUGGUGCACUGUGGAAUUUAUUAUAAAGCCAGCCUCUCUGUUGUGAGUGAGCACUGCAGGUUCCAGAAAGACGUGGUUAGCAUGUGUUUUCAUCUGUCACAGGCCCUACCAGCCCCUAAGCUCACUAGCCUUGUGGCAAGACAUAAAAUAAUACUUGGAAUUUCCCAGAACUGGAACCCGGGUCAGUAUUAAUCCACCUGGGAUUGUCCUGCCCCACCUGCGUCCUAUGUUUGUUUUUUGUCACCUGGACGGUCAUCUGUCUUCUCUUCCUUUUCUGUGUGUGUUCCAUUCCACCUCCCUUGUUUACCUCCCACCUGUUUCUGUAGCAAUUUUGGUCUUUUUAGGCAUACCUUCUGGCGAAUGUGUCUUAAUUGUCACAGAUUUUUCAACAUGAGUUUCCCCUGGCACUGAUUUCACACUUGGUGGGCCCUCCAUUGCUCCUACCCCUCUGUGCUAACCAGGGGCCCUGGGUUUCCAAGGAAGGGGGGGUCUAGGACCCCUUCAUAAAAGGGUUGCGGGUCCUGCCGGAGUAAGAGCAGUGGCCUGGAGGGUAGACAGAGGAGUCUGGGCGUCUUCAGACCUAGGUCUGACUUUGGGGAGGUGAAAUUUCCAGCACCCCUAGCCCCCCUGCCAGCACGGGGAUCUCAGCAGUCCAUAAAAAGGGUUCCAUAAAAUGGAUUUUUGAACUGCACAGACCCGGUUGUCCUAUUCCCUUGGGCAUCUAAGGAUCCUGCCGAAGAGCAUCCUUUAGAGGAAGGUGCGUAAGGAACAACUAAGCCAUGUGGACCUGACUCGGGGCGGGGGCGGGGGGGUGGGCGGUGGGUGUGGAAACUCCCCCAGCACCCCGUCCUGCACGGCUGAUGUGAUAGAUCUAUUUGUAGUGUACGCCAGCGUGCUUCCACACACGCCCUCCCAGUGAGCGCUGGUCUUGGUGAGCCAGAGCUAAGGCUUUCUGUCCUGCUGUACUUAGAGAGCCAUCCUCCCGACUUUGUAAUAAAAGUUAUGAAGGCAGUUCGUGGGUCUUUACCACCUGGGGCUAAGGAACAGCCCCCACAGUGUGUCUGGAGACCCAGAGGCACUGAGAUGGCACAAACUGGCUUUCAGGGCCUUGUGAGGAACACCCCUUGGCCUAACUGGGUGCUCCUGUCUCCACAACACCCCCCUCUCCCCUGCCAGAGCGAAGGGAAGCGCUCCAGGCUGGGGAAGGAGCACCCUCUGGUGGAGCUGGGGUGAAGUCUUAGGUCACGCAGGUGCACGAACCUCCAGGGGACAGGAUCUGUGACCCUGUACAGGAUUUGGGUGUGUGUGUGGCAGUUGAAGACAGGUGUUUUGUCAAAGAACUUGGGAUUAUCUUCAUUCCAUGGACGUUUACUCCAGGGGUGACCACUUUAAGAAAAACCAAACUCAAAGACCCAAGUCAGUAGGAGAGUCUUGAUUUUUAUACGAGGCUUCAACUGCUGGGAUUUCCCAGGGUCUUUUGCCCUGAUGAAUUUAAGUGGAUUUGAUUUGCAGAUUUGCAUUUACACCCAUUGUUUUUGAAACACGUCAGUUAAAUAGAGUUGAGAUUGAUACAUUUUUUAGAAAAUUGUCUUUUAUAACUAAUGGCCCCUUUUUUAAAGUUUCCAGGCCAGAGAUUCUCAAACACUGCUCUGUGGCCAGGGGCUAGGCUGGCUGCCUCAGAAGCAGCUGGGAAACUUUUUUAAAAUUCUAGAUUCCUGGGGGCCUAUCCCAAACCUUCUAAAUUAGAGUAUUUUUUAAGUCUCUAAGGUAAUUCUGAUGUGUGUAUUUUGGAACCACUGUCUUUUAGACACAAGGCUUUUGUCUUAAUCAAAGAUGGUAUCAUUUGAAAAUAAAUGCUGAACUAGGCGGGCA